CGAUAAUGACUCAAUCCUGCUCUUGAGGAAUUGAAUACACGCCACUCGAAUGAUCUAUGGACUAAGAGCAGUUCAUCUUGCCUGCUUGAUUGAUCUCUGAGCCUGUCGUGAUGAUUAGAAACAGGGUCUUGCAUUCGACGUCGAAAUUGAUCAUCAGCGCGUAUCACGUUGUCGAGGGUGUGAGAAUACAAGAGACGACUGAGAACUGCGUGUUGGGCGCUGGGAUGGAUUUCGUUUUAAGGAGAGAACGUUUUAGCCUUUGGGUGCCAACAUGAUGGUGCCGUUGGAGCCAGGCGGUCACGGUCUUCAUGGUGCGCUCACGAAAGCGUGAGAGAGAAGUAAACCUGUCAGCUUUGGAAGCGGAAGAGGACGGUUUGAUGACUGGAAAAAAUGGUAGACCUUCAUGAUAGCCCUGGAGCGAUAGGGCACGGCUCAGAGAGGAGGCGCAACUAUAGGAGACGAAUCAGAGGUAUGCUUCCAUACGCGGAACGCUGCGAGGAGGAAAAGACGAGGAGAUGGAGGAGUGCUUGCAGAAUACGAAAGAGUUGUUCCAGGAGGAGCUCUUCUAGGUGCAGUGGAAUGAGCCGUAUCGAAAACGACAACCAAGGCCACGUGAAUCCGCUGGAUCGGGUAAAGCAAGGCGGGAAAAGAACUUCGUGGUCAAUCGGAAUAACGGCAACACGGGUGUGGCCGAUGAAGCUUUCAUUCUUCGCAACUGCUGCCUGCUGUGUGCUUUUUGAGAGGCUGCUCCGAUGCGUCGUUUCUAACAGCUCGAGUCAAAGCUUCUCUCUCUUUGCUUCUGCACAGAAGACAGUAGCUUCCUUAGGAGAUCCGUGCGAUUGCCAUCAAAAUCACGACUACUGGCAGACAAUGCUAGAUACGAUGCUAACGCACCUACAACCAGACCUGAACACGGCGUUGUUUGUCACGGGUUCCGCUUCGCAAGCUUUUUUUUCGAAGCAGAGCUGCAUUUGGUCAUCAACAAAUGAGGAAUCGCACCGACUAGCCGCAUUGUCUGACUGCAUUCCGGGUUUCGUGACCAUGAAUAUGGCAGACUGAAAUAGCCCUAGCGCUUAGAAGACGUCCGUAUUUGCGAGGACGCAUUAUUCUUGAUCUCCUCGCUGCAUUCAAUGUACUAGUCGGAAUAGAACUAAAAGAAAGGUAGGACUCUUAUCGCCAUAGCUUUCGUUUCCAUAUGAUCCCCGCCCAAUUUCUGUCGACUGCUCAUGACGACCAACACCCCUCCAUUCAAGUAGGAGAUUUCCUGCGUGCAGCAUCUGAUAUGGAGCGCCUUUGAUGAAAUAUCUGCCUCGACGGAACCGGAAAACAACGACGAUCCACACUUUAUCGCAGCGAAGGAGUACGUGGAGUUAGCUUUGGGUCAUAUGGCUGAAAUCAUUAGGACUGCCGUUUUCGGGAAAGAAUGCAUCGAUCCCAGUGUCUGGCCAGUGACCAUGAACGAUAUCACCUCCAACUACAUCCGCUUUUAUCGCACGCAUUCGUACUACCGAGUCACGGAGAGGAUGCUAGCGGCUUUGGUCUGGACGUCGGGAACUUGCCAGACAACGAGGGAUUGCGUUGGAGGCAAUGUGGCUGGCAAAACGUGCAAGAACGGAAGAUGUGUGCAGAGGGACCCACCACUAAGCGCAGCUGAUUUGGUAUGCAGUCUUCAGCUACUUACAGCGUGUUUACUUAUAUAUAGUAGAGCCUGCGUUUGAGAUUUUUAUACAGUGAAUUUGGGGACGAGAUGCUCGUCGCCGUUCUUGGUUUGUGGAUACCUAGAGGAACAAUCAAACUGCGAGGCUUCAAUCAAUCAAUCAGUCAAUCAACCAAUCCCCAGGAUGCGUUCGCACUAGACCCGGUGCGGCAUUUUUGCGUGCAGCCGAAUUCUUUCCACGACGCUGAUGGUAACUGCUGGCAUAUGGGCAAGCAAGGUGCUUCUUGCCGAGAAACGUGUGAGGCUCUAGGAACAGUACCGGCGAAGGACUACAAACCGCGGAAGGACCGGAUGAUGACGACCCCACUCUUGACUGAGAAGAAUGAGGCCGUUGUUAUCCUGCUCAUGAACGAUCCGUGGAUGGAACAGGAGUACCAUCAUAAUAUUGGAACUUUAUCUGACAGUUGAUUGAAAACGACGAAAAAGGUAUAGGCUCCUAUUUUUAUUACUCUCAGGAGCAGAUUAUAAUUGAAGUUCAAAUUGUUUUUAGUGUACUUAAGUGAGUACAAUGAACAUGAAGUACACUGCAGUCGAGUACUGAUCGAAUAUAUGAUUAUCAUCUCAACUACCUGAGCAGGUGUUACGUCCGUUCUCAGUCCCGGUUUCACCCAGCCGUCGAAUUGCCGCCAGAGUUCCGCGAAGCGUAUAACAUUUCUGACCGCGAGGAUUGGAAAGAUGAGCUUUGUCAUCUCUCGUGCCAGUGUGAGAAAAUCCCAGUCAGAAAAUCGCAGACCGGCUCUCUAAAAGCGCGCCAGUGGGGCGAUUGUGUUUAUGAAGUUGAGAAUAUGUGCGUCACGAAUGGAACGUUUUAUCAGAGCAUCAAUUACAACGAACCACAAGCCUUUGAGGAUGGCGGAAUGUUUCGAGCCUGUUCGGAAGUGGGGCAGACCUUGUUUCAAUUCGACACAUCGGCAAGACUCUUUCCCCCUCACCCUUUCGGUCCAGUUAUUGGUGACAAUAUUAUGCAAGGGUUACCAACAUAGUACAUUCUCGUCCGCGACUAACAUCCUUGACCUUUUUUCGAGGAGAAAAUAGGUCCAGGUUAAGUAUACUCUGAAGAAUGUAGUGGUGCAGCCUUUAACUGUAGCAAGGAGGAACGUGUUGCUUUUAUCGUGCCUGUGACUUUUAAGUUGACUUCCACGUGGCAUGGGAUCCAUAGCUUGAUUCCGCCGUUUGUAAUGCUGUAUUACCCGGAGGUGAUCGAGAAGUACGCGCUGCAGCAGGGUCGCAAUGUGGACCUAUUUUUAAGGCCUCACUUAAUCCAUCUUUUGGCCGGUCUAUGAACUGUUUUCAAGAAGAAAAGCGGAAGCAGACCAUGAGAGAAAAGAUGGAUUGUACUGAGUUCUAAUAUUUCUGGUAAAUCAGAAUUUGGAGCGAGACGUUGAGCAUUGGAACAAGCUUUUGGGCUACGAUACGAUGAAAUUUGACGGCAAGUAUGGCUGGUUUUCGAACUUUCUAGACGGCUUCGCGAAUGUGGACAUCUACUCUCAAGGGUAUCAGGCAAUUGAUCGCUGUUAUCGCCGUAUAGUUUUCGGACACGAGUUGUUGAUGUACAGCGGCGGGGGCUGGGUGGAGCCAGAGCACGUGCAAUUCUUCACUCGAAAAAUGCGGAACUACUUCCUUGGUGGCGAGCGACUACGCAAACGAGCAAAACUUUCGGCCUCAGGUAAGGACCCAGACGCACGACCCUUCUACCGCGGCAGAGCUAAAGGGGGCGAUGAAAAUGACGCCAACACAGUCUAUGCUUUAGUCGAUGAAGCGUUUGAGGGCAAGCGGCUGCUAGAUGAACAAGUUGACACCACUGACUGGCAAGAAUUUUCGAUUCCUGCUGAGGAGGACUUUCUGGGGAAGAAGAAGGACUCGGAAAAUCUUCAACAAGAUCUCUUUCGCUUCAAGCUUCCUCCAGGAGAGUUUUUACAGCCCGUGACAAAGGAUUGGGGCUUCACUUCGCCGAAAAAGCUAUUCUUGAUCCAAGAUCGCGUGGCAGGCAAGAGUUUCCACCGAUUCGUCGAAAACAUGGAUGCUGCUGCUCGGUUUAUCGAGCUAGCACUACCUGCGGAUGAGUGGACUAUUGAAAGGCACGACUUCGCGGCAUUGGACUUCGUAGAACAGGUUAGAUUGGCGUCGAAAGCGCGCAUAAUGUUCGGUGCGCACGGCGAUGGAUUGGCGUGGGGACUGUUCAUGUUAUGCUGAUGAAGUAAGAUGCCGGAAGAUGGUAGCUUGAUAAGUAGUUAUCUACUUCUAGGCUGCAUGUUAAUACAGUUACUAGACUUGACUUUUAGCUACGAUUUACAUUUCGGUUCUUCACCGCCAUACUCGUUUUGACUCUACCUCUAAUCCUUCCACCAGCCAGCGUCGUCAUGGAGGCGGUGCCAGUGCGGCGGGGUGGCUACCAGGUAUGCGACGAGGGCCGGAAUAAGAACCUCCGUGGAAUUUUCGGUGGGCUUUUGAAAUUCGCGGAGAAUGUGACUCAUAUCUGCUGGAUGAACCCUCAGGGCGCGGCCAAUGGCGCCAACAUCACCACAGACGUGUACGACUGGAAUUGGCGUAUGCUGAACUUGAGGUUAGACAUGAUGAAGCUGGCCCAUUGGCUUCGUAUGGCCUUGUGGGCAGUAGAAGGAACUAUCAGCCCAGAUAAAUACAGCAACGUGCAAACGGCUUUAGUGAAGUACUACGAGGAACGAGGUGAGGAGCCGCCUGCAGAACACUCAUCAUAGAACAGAUACGAGUUGUGGUCGGAUGUUUGCUCACGCGACUGAUUCGCAUCUAGUAGGGUUGGGAUUCCUCGUCUGAAGCUUUACCAACAAAUGUUGUAUGUGUACAUUAAAGGACUAGGAGAACUAGAUGAACUACAAAUUAGUAGUUCUCACCUCUUGAUGAUUUCAUGCGUUGCGGUUUUCUCUCUGCUUCGUUUUUUACCAGUUCUUGUCGCAACAUUGUAAUUUGCUUUCUGAAACCACUAUCUUCGAUUAUCGAUGUAGCAGCAAAUGCUCUUAUGCUUUCAGAGAAUACAGCCUGUCAGGCGUGAGACCAGGCUACAAAACUUUUUGGGGAUGUUAUUUUUGAAUUUCGUGGACUUUCUCGUCGUUCUUACAAAACUUAAAAAUGCAACAGGCGAUUGUUCACUGGAGG